AUGGAAGAAGCAAUGGAGAAUUUCAAUUUGAUGGAUGACGAAGAGGAUGCUUUUCAAGAGGAUGAAGGAGCGGUGGGUCGUGUUAAUCAACUAUGUCUGGUGGGACGGUGCCUAACAGACAGUGUUGUUCAUUUCCCGUCAUUACGCAACACUUUGGCAGACCUUUGGCACCCAAUAGGAGGGAUUUGUAUAACAAAGAUAGGAGAAAAACGGUAUCUUUUCCAAUUUUUUCAUAAGAUCGAUAUUGAAAGGGUUGUUACAGGGGCUCCAUGGUUUUUUAAUAAUCAUUUAAUUAUUCUGCAAAAAAUACCUGCCGAAAGGAACCCAGCGGUGAUGGAGUUAAAUCACACGGAGUUUUGGAUUCAAGUUCACGACUUACCGCCGGGACUGAUGAGUGUCUCGAUGGCCAAACAGUUUGGUGAUUUCUGUGGCAAGUAUAUUGAGUAUGAUGCAUCCAUCCCGACUUUGGGAAUUCAACAUUAUAUGCGUAUUCGUAUCUGUUUAAAUGUUGCUGCCCCGUUGAAGCGAAAAAAGAAAGUUUUGAUAGGUAAAUCUAUGGUGGUUUAUGCUAGAUUUAAGUAUGAGAAAUUAAGUUUAUUUUGCUUUAUUUGCAGAAAACUGGGGCACGGGGAAAGUUACUACCCUGUUAGACUGACUAUUGAACCGUCAAAAAUAGUCUUUGGCUGGGAUUUAUCCCUGCGUGCUGUGGUCAGGCGUCAGAAUAUGGCGGUAAGUAGGUGGCUGCGGGCAAUAGAUGGAUCUCCGUAUAGUGAGGAAAAUUUGGCAGGCGUCAUGUAUGGUAAUGCAAGGGAUUCUGGUAGGAACUUGAAUCCUAAUCUAAUUCCUUUAGGUCCUGAUCCAAUUCAAGGCGGUGGUAGAAUUGUUAAGAAGCGAGAUGGGUGUAUAGAUAAUUUGACUGCAAAUGGGAUCGUUCAGAGGGAAAUGGAGUUGGAUUUGGAGGAGGAAAAUGAGCCAUUAGAGUUGUCUGAGGGGAAAAAGCGACAGCGAAUAGUGGAUAGGUCACGUGUUCUGUUGGAUGCUAAUGUGGGAUCUGGAUCUAUGAAUGUUUCGGCUAGCUCUGAAAAUCAGAGUAGCCGGGCUCAAUGA